AUGACGGAAGAAAAGGGACCAAGAAAAACGAAUUUUACUCAGAGAGAAAUCGAAAGGUUGGUGAACCUGGUGGCAGCAAAUUUUAAAACCAUCAGCAAUAAAUUUGGCGAUGCCAUAACACACAAAGCCAAAACCGACACGUGGAUGGGAAUUGCAGACAAAGUUAUUGCAAUAUCACCGUGCCACCGCUCCCUCCGUGGGGUGCAAAAAAAGUGGGCAGACUUGAAACUGCAGGCAAAGAAAAAGGCGGCCAAGCUACGAAAAAGGUUUCAAGCUACUGGGAACUUGUCCUCCGACAAUGGUGACGACGACGAUGACGAUGAUGUAACUCAUUUAACUGAAAUAGAGGAACGGAUAGUCGGGCUUCUUGGCAUCGAUACUGUCAUUCCGAAGAGAGUAAAAACGCCAUCAGCAUCCACCACAUCGAUUUGUCAGGAUCCCUAUGAUUCGCCGCCGAUAAGGAGCCCGAGCCCACCGUUGCGACCAGCUGGCAGUCCUACGUUACCGAGUCCAUGGGGAGGUUGUAAUCUAUAA